AUGAGCAGUCCCAGGAUCCCACAAGAGACCCCUCACAUCAAGAAGGAGGAAACCAGCACCAUGGACACCAGUUCUUUGCACAACGGCAAUGACAAUGGCAUGCCAUUCCCACCAAGUGGACCUACCGCUACCGUCCCAUCCUCUUCUUCAGAAAUAAAACAAGAGGAAUCUCAAAUUUCCAUGUCACAAUCUUUUGAACAACCUUUGGCACAAGGACAAGUCUUACCACAACAACCAGACUUGAAAAUUAUUCAUCGUCAAAUUAAUGGAUAUGUGGGGUUUGCCAAUUUACCAAAGCAAUGGCAUAGAAAAUCUCAUAGACAAGGUUUCAACUUGAACAUUCUUUGUGUGGGACAAUCAGGAUUGGGGAAAUCUACUUUGAUCGAUUCAUUAUUCAAUACUAAUUUUAAUGAAAAUGCCACCACUGAUAUCGAUGCCAAGAUCGAUUCUUUGAAUAUUGAUGGAACCAACGAAGAUACUGAUGAUAAUGAUCAAGAACUAACUGAACAAGAGGAAAAAGAUGAAGGCGUCAAGAUUAAGACUUCUUCUACUACCAUUGAAGAAAAUGGUGUCGUAUUGAAAUUAACGGUGGUGGAUACUCCAGGAUAUGGUGAUUCCAUUGACAAUUCCAAUAAUUGGAUACCAAUCAUUAAGGAAAUUGAUUCAAGAUUCGAUCAAUAUUUGGAUGCAGAAAAUAAAAUUGAUAGAUCCACAAUUGAAGAUAUGAGAAUUCAUGCUUGCCUUUACUUUAUUGAACCAACUGCACAUUUCUUAAAGGAGUUAGAUUUGGAAUUUUGUAAGAAAGUCCAUUCUAAGUGUAAUUUGAUCCCAAUUGUAUCCAAGUCGGAUAUCUUAACAGAUGAUGAAAUUUUAAACUUUAAGUUAAGAAUUAAAAAUCAGUUGGAUCAAGCAGGAAUUAAUCUGUUCCAACCACCAAUUUAUAAAUUAGAUGAUGAUGAAACAAUUACUAUGGCAAAUAAACUAUACGAAACUUUGCCCUACGCUGUGGUAGCUUCCACAGAUUUAGUUAAAAAUAAAGAUGGACACACUGUAAGGGGUCGUUCUUAUCCAUGGGGGGUAAUAGAAGUGGAUAACUCUAGCCAUUCAGACUUUAAUUUACUAAAGGAUCUAUUAAUUAAAAAUUAUUUGGAAGAAUUAAGAGAAAGAACAAAUAAUGAAUUAUACGAAAACUACAGAUCAAAUAAAUUAAUUAAAUUGGGUAUCAAGCAAGAUAAUUCAGUCUUCAAAGAAUUUGACCCAGAGACAAGACAAUUAGAGGAAAAGCAAUUACACGAAGCAAAGCUCACUAAGUUGGAGACGGAAAUGAAAUCAGUAUUCCAACAGAAGGUGUCAGAAAAGGAAAAGAAAUUACAAAAAUCUGAGGCUGAUUUGUUCGCUAGACAUAAGGAAAUGAAGGAUAAAUUAAAUAAACAACUAAAGGCUCUAGAGGAGAAAAAACACCAAUUGGAAAUCUCAAUAUCGAAUCAAAUGACUCAAUCACCAAUUGCUCAAAAGAAGAAGGGGUUCCUACGUUAG